AAUAGCCUUUAUUGCUUACAGUUUCAUCGAUUCGGCGCUUCGCCCUAACAAUAAAUUGCGCGGCUGUUCAGAGUGCAACCCGUUCCGGCGGCAGCAGAUAGCGGCGGUAGAUUUUCUCUCCCUUUCUCACUUCUCACUAGCGAAAAUGGCGGGACUUGCAGCAGAAGGGUCUCAGUUUGAUGCUCAACAAUAUGACACAAAACUGAAUGAGCUGCUUACGGCUGAUGGAGAGGACUUCUUUACAUCUUAUGAUGAGGUAUAUGAAAGCUUUGAUUCUAUGGGCCUUCAGGAAAAUCUUCUGAGAGGCAUUUAUGCUUAUGGGUUUGAGAAACCUUCUGCCAUUCAGCAAAGGGGAAUUGUUCCUUUCUGCAAGGGUUUAGAUGUUAUUCAACAGGCACAAUCUGGUACCGGAAAAACAGCAACAUUUUGUUCUGGAAUUCUGCAGCAGCUUGAUUAUGGUUUGGUUGAAUGUCAGGCCUUGGUUCUCGCUCCUACAAGAGAACUGGCCCAACAAAUAGAAAAAGUUAUGAGAGCACUUGGUGAUUACCUUAGUGUGAAAGUUCAUGCUUGUGUGGGAGGUACCAGUGUUAGGGAGGAUCAGCGCAUACUUUCAAGUGGAGUUCAUGUUGUUGUUGGUACACCUGGUCGUGUGUUUGACAUGUUAAGAAGGCAGUCUCUUCGCCCUGACUACAUCAAAAUGUUUGUUUUAGACGAAGCAGAUGAAAUGCUGUCUCGCGGCUUCAAGGAUCAGAUAUACGAUAUAUUUCAACUUCUUCCAUCCAAGAUUCAAGUUGGAGUUUUUUCUGCUACAAUGCCGCCUGAGGCUCUUGAAAUCACCCGCAAGUUCAUGCACAAACCUGUGAGGAUCCUUGUUAAGAGAGAUGAGCUCACCCUUGAGGGUAUCAAGCAAUUCUAUGUAAAUGUUGAUAAGGAAGAAUGGAAGCUUGAUACCCUCUGCGACCUAUAUGAGACCUUGGCCAUCACUCAGAGCGUCAUCUUCGUAAACACUCGUCGCAAGGUGGAUUGGUUGACUGACAAAAUGAGGGCCAGAGAUCACACAGUAUCUGCCACUCAUGGGGACAUGGAUCAGAACACACGAGACAUUAUCAUGCGUGAAUUCCGGUCUGGGUCUUCUCGUGUCCUUAUUACGACCGAUCUCCUUGCCCGUGGCAUAGAUGUGCAGCAGGUCUCUCUAGUCAUAAACUAUGAUCUGCCAACCCAGCCAGAGAACUAUCUCCAUCGCAUCGGACGAAGUGGGCGGUUUGGGAGGAAGGGUGUUGCAAUUAACUUCAUCACCAGCGACGACACUCGAAUGCUUUUCGAUAUCCAGAGGUUCUACAAUGUGUUGAUCGAAGAGUUGCCGUCGAAUGUCGCCGACCUGCUCUGAUGAGUUUUUGUUAUUUCAUCCUGUUCUUGCUUAUUCGAAGUCACCGUCCCUUAGUUUUUUUGCAUGUCUGUGGAUCUCAUCAAAACCUGUGGCUAUUUAUGUAAGUGAAGUUUGCAUUUAUUUCUAACUGAUGAUCUCAAAAGUAGACUACUGUGAGUAUAUUUGCAGAUUUUUUGCAGAUUUUUGUUGCUGCUCAUUGGUAUAGUUGUUGUCCCUUGGUAACCUCAUAGAUCUGUACCAGUCCUCGCUAGUUGUUUUAUGUAUUCAGGUUGAUAAACUCUGCUUCUUUUAUGCUCACUUUCAUCA